AUUAUUAUUCUCCCGAAUCUGACCAGAUGGUCGGAGGCGCUCUCUGGUAGGCACGCGGAGCGCGCGCAGCUCUCGGACGCACCAAAACAUCUGGACAAGUCAGACAGAAAUUGAAAACUCUAAUCAGCGCGUGCAGCUGAAGCGCCGUCUGGAUCAUUUUAGCGGAGACAGUUGGAGAGGUGUGAACGAUGCAUCGCACUUCAGCCUGGCUGGGUUGUGCACUGUGCCUGUGCGCAUCUCUGGUCGCGUGCGCGCAGGACUACCCCGAGAACGACGAGAUGAUCCCGGAUCCGGUCAGCGAGGACGACACUCAGUCUGACACCGGGGACGAGCCAGCUGCAGAGUUCCUCAGGUGCAACAAGGCAGCGUGGCGCGUGCCCGGCCAGUACCUUGUCAUCCUGCGCCGGGAGACGCACGAGUCUCAACUCCAGAGGACCAUCAGGAGGCUGAAAGCCAAAGCCAGCAGGAGAGGCCACGACCUGGAGGUCCUGCAGAGCUUCUCCGGCGCGCCGCGCGGAUUUGUGGUCAAAAUGAACAGUGACGUCAUUCACCUGGCAUUAAAGCUGCCUCACGUCCACUACGUCGAGGAGGACUCAUCCAUCUUUGCUCAGAGUGCACCCUGGAACCUGCAGAAGCUGCUGCAGCCCCAGGGCAUCUUCUCCGAGAAUGGGACAUACAGACCUCUCAAUGAUGGAGGGAGGGCGGAGGUGUACCUGAUGGAUGGCAGCGUUCAGAGCUCUCACCGGGAGAUUGAAGGACGGGUGCUUAUCACAGACUUCAGUAACGUCCCUGAGGAGGAUGGAGUCAGAGUUCAUAGACAGGCCAGUCAGUGUGAGAGUCACGGCACACACGUGGCAGGGGUGGUGAGCGGAGCAGACUCAGGUGUUGCUCGAGGUGCCGGCAUCAACCUGGUCCGGGUGCUCAACUGUCAGGGCAAAGGGACGGUGUCAGGAGCUCUGGCAGGGCUGGAGUACAUCAAAGCCACUUUAGAGGCUCGUCCACUGGACCCGAUGAUCAUACUGAUGCCGUUUGUCGGGGGCUUCAGCCGUUCGCUCAAUGCAGCCUGUCGUGACCUGGUGGCGGAUGGCGCCGUGGUCAUUGCUGCAGCGGGGAACUACAGAGACGACUCCUGCACGUAUUCCCCUGCCUCGGAGCCCGAGGUCAUCACAGUGGGGGCAGUUAACUCGGUGGACCAGCUCAUGUCACAGGGAGCAGGUGGCAGCAACUUCGGACGCUGCGUGGAUUUGUUUGCGCCCGGCGACGACAUUGUGAGCGCCAGCAGUGACUGCGGCACCUGUUUCACCUCCCGCAGUGGAACGUCUCAGGCCGCAGCGCAUGUAGCAGGUAUAGCAGCAGUGAUCCUGUCGUCCAGGCAGACCGCGUCCCCGGUGCAGGUUCUGCAAACGAUGCUUCAUCAUUCCGUCAGCAACACAAUCAACCUUCUGUCUCUGUCUGAAACACAUCAGCUCGCCACUCCCAACCUGGUCGCGGGCAUGCCGUCCGCCAGCAAUGCAGCAACAAACGAGGAGCUGCUGUGCCGGUCGGUGUGGUCGGAGAAGUCAGGAGUGGCGAGCGCCGACGGGGUCGCCAGCCGCUGCCGACGCGGGGAGGAAAUGAUGGGCUGCAGCAGCUACGCUCCAGGCGGCGCCCGCGUGGGAGAAAUCAUCACUGUGACAGAUGGGCAGAUGGAGUGUGUGGCUUAUAACGGUCCUGGAGGUGAAGGCGUGUACGCCGUGGCUCGCUGCUGUGUCAUAAGUGGCCUGCAGUGCCAGGUUCAUGCGAGUCCAGCGCCAGGGCACGAUGCUCACUGUGUUGGUCCGCAGCACCACCUGACUGGUUGUACGUCUUGGUCAACGUCUGAGAUCCUGGCCGACCGGCACCCACACCACAGCCACAGGAGUCGCUGCUCGGGUAAAGAUGGCGUCACGUCACACGCGGUGUGCUGCCACGCUCCGUCUCUGGAGUGUCGCGUGUUGGAGGCUGUCUCAGCGGACCAACAGCAGGUGGAGGUGUCCUGUCCCUCUGGAUGGACUCUGACGGACUGCAGCGCCGUCUCUCGGGACUCUGCCGUUCUGGGACCAGUUGCAAAGGGAAACGGCUGCCAUGUCCGCGGCGCCGGGGUAGGGGCGGUCGCCGUCUGCUGUCGCGUGGGACCACAACCCUUCACUGACGCGGCCUCACGACACUCUGCCGUCCCAUAAGCAACAUCGUCAUGUGUUCUAGUCGGUCUUCGUCCUGUCCCUUGGUCCCCCUCGUGUUUUCUUCAGAGCGCUCCGUAGGGCUGUUUGUGUGUCUCAGCUGUAGGAUUGAGCCGGCGCUCCUCUGCGCGUGCCGAUGCCUCAGACUCCCGGUUGCCUUGACAUCCUGUCGGUUAUUUUAAAGUCAUCUGCCAUGCACAGUUUGUAAGAUGUAACCAAAUAUUUUUGUAUCUUUUUACUAACCAGGAAUAAUAAAAAGAUC